CGUUCCUAGAAGUUAUAUGGACAUGACUUCCUUACUAGGGUCACCUUCAGUAUUUUCUACCUUCCGUAGAACUUGCAGUAUCUUUGGGCCUCAGACACCCGUCAGGCUUAGAGAGAUCACUCAUGCCUCUGACCAUCUUAGCUCUGGUCCCCAAGUGCAGUGACCUGGAGAAGGCUCAGGCAGACAGGCCAGGAAAGCCUAAGGGAGGAUGUACCAGAGCCUAAGAGUGGAAGCCCUCAGGGCAAAGAAGAUGCCAGCCUUACUUUACCAAGUCCCAGCACCAGUGUCUAUUGUAAUGCUUCCGUUCCUUCAUAAAAGUCAUCCAGAUGCGGUGGGUGCCCGUCUCUAAUUCAAGCACUCAGGAGGCAGAGGUAGAUGGAUCUCUGAGUUCAAGGCCAGCCUAGUCUACAUAGCAAGCUAUAGGUCAACCAGGGAUGCACGGUAAAAUCUUCUCUCAAAAAUAUCUAUAUGUUCUUAUGUCAUGCAUGUGUGUGUGUGUGUAUGUGUGCACCUGUGCACACACGUGUGCCUUUUUUUUCCUUAUCGAUUCAUGUAGAUGGACAUACAGACCGAUUCCAUUUCCUGACCAUUGUGACUUGAUCAGUGACUAUCAGCAGUGUUAACCAUCAAUGCAGCAGGUUCUAAGUCCUUCGGGUGUUUGCCUAGAAGUGACCCAACUAAGCCAUUCGGUAGAAAGGACUGUUUUCAGUGUUUUGAGAACCCCACACUGAUUCCCAGGAAGAUCUCCUUCCUUGCCUCAGAAUGGAACCCUGGCUCCUACCCUGUUUUCUGUGAGCUAGCUAGAGACAGCUUUGCGUGGGGAUGCCUGGGAACCAGCAGAAACCAGAGUCUCUGGAGAUGGACUCUGACACGUCGCCCAGCUGCGGGCUCAGUGACUUGAGCAGAGGCGGCAGUCUGGAGAGCCGGUGUAGCAGUUCCCGGUCCAGAAGUUUCACUAUGGAUGACGAGAGCCUGAAGCACCUCACACAUGAGGAAAAGGAUGUUAUCCUGUUCUUUGAAGAGACCCUUGAUUCCCUGGAAUACGACUUUGACGAGCCAGCCCUGUGUGACAGUGGCAUUCACUGCCACUCUCCACAGUCUCUGGAAGAGAGCCCUUCCAGCCACUCUGAGCCCGAAGAUGUCAUCGAUUUAGUACAGCCAGCACCUGCAUCUGGGGAAGCUGAGAGCCUUCCGGAUGUGCCUCAGGUAACAGGGGCCCCAUCUGAUACAAAACAGGGCACUCCUUUUCUUGAAGGUGGGAAACAAGUCGCUGAGAGUUCCCUGCCACCACCAGACUCCAGGGGCCCUGAGGUGUUUCCUCUGCCGCCCUCCCUGCCUGUCCCCGCUCCCUCUGCCCCGCGAAAGGAGCUGAUGUCCCCCUCUCCUCCAGCAGAGCAUCCCAAAUUGCUCCGUUCCGUGCCCACUCCUCUGGUGAUUGCUCAGAAAAUAUCUGAGAAGUUAGCGGGCAAUGAAGCCCUGUUUCCCACAUCCCCAUCAAAGGAAGGCAGGCCAGGGGAAUGGAGGACGCCGACUUCUCCAGCCUCUAGAAACGGGGACCAUGUCGGCGUGUGGCAUCGACACAUGACCCAGCCGGCACCCAAGGUCCAUCGCUUCCCCAGCAACAUAAGCGUGACCAACAGCGCAGGCAAGGACUUCAACAAGACCAUCUCCAAGGCGGCUGUCAAUGUGCAGGAGCGCAAGGCCCAGGUCCUGGCCAACAUCAACGGCAUGUCCUUCAUCGCUGCAGGCGACACAUCAUCAGAAGAGCGGUGGCAGAAGGCGGAGGAGCAGAGGAGUGGCUCUGCGGAUGGAGCACGCACCCUGGGCAGAGCGGGCAUGGCCGGCGAGCCCGGGACGCUGCGUGCAGGAGUCCCGACCAGGGCGCAGCAGUCCCGGGCUGUGCAGACGGAGCAGCCGCCGGCUCUGGCGAACGGCUUCCAGAGCGUGCACGAGGCCCUGCGCAGCGAGCCCAGCUCCUUCGUCCCCACCAGCAAGACCAUCACCUUCCGGCCUGACCCCGCUGUGACCAGCAAGCUGGCGCGUCAGAAUGCCAGUCGCAGCCUGUACGAACCGCGCCCAGACGGCAGCCAGGAUGCCCGCAAGCGCACGGGCUCGCUCCCCCGGGCGGUGGGCUUCCGGCCGCAGGGCAUUACAGUGCAGUUCUCCGGCCGCGGCUCCACCGAGGAAGCUCGGCGCGAGGCUCUGCGCAAACUCGGACUACUGAAGGAGAACUUGUGAGGGCCAUUGGGUGGGACUGCUGGAAUGGCCUGGGUAGAACUUGUAUGUCCACACUGGGGAGAUCAUUUCUGGGUGACACAGUGCUGCUUGUCGGGAAAGAAGUCUCUGUCCCAAUCCCAGUGCAGCGUGGAGUCAAGAGGCCAGCAGGGCAAGGACAACUCCCCCUCCCCCUUGAGCUGUCCUUUUCCGUUUCCAGGGUCCUGGAAUAACGUUAGGACCUCUGGGCCUCCAUAACUGCGACUUGGUCCAGACUCUCUGAUCCUAUUCCACGGGCCGGCGUUGAAAGCCAGUGUAGGUUUCUGAUACUCAGGAUUUCCUCUCCUCUUCGAAAAUAAAAAAAAAAAAAAAAAAGAGAGAGAAAUGCCUGUUAAAUUUUUAUAGUGUCAUUAUACAAUUUGAAGUCUAGUUGUGUGUUUGUUUUUGAAGGAUGGAAGUUGGCACCUUACGGAUGGGGGGUUUGUUUCUUGACAUAAUUUUCUUUGCCCCAUUUUCUUAACUAAAACUCUAAAUGAACCCAUUCGGGUAAGAUUUACUGUAAUUUUGAAUUGUGAAAGUUAAAAAUGAGGUCGAGUUUGGAAAAGGUAAUUUUUAGAAAGCAAGUCUUAUUUGACUCUCUAAAAUCUGCUCCCGGGAUGUGUGUGUGUGUGUGUGUGUGUGUGUGUGUGUGUGUGUGUGAGUCUGACGUGACAUGUAUCUAUGCUAAUGACCAUGUGAGUAUCCGUAGUCUUCAUAUGCACAUUCAUUAUUACUUAAAUAGCUACUUCUGAAGACACCAUUAUCUAACUGCAGGAUAUGAGCGCUUCCUUUUCUCUAACAGAUACCUUGGCACUGUGAUGAGACCCUAAGAAUUCUUCUGCUAAGGCUACACGAGCCUCGAGCACAGUAUGCUCUGUUCCCAAUUAAAGCAAUAUUUCCUGAUUUCAAACAAGCAAGAUAGUUCCUGUUUUUACUUAACAUUUUCUAGAAUUCAAAAGAAAAUUCAAAUCUUUGUCCCCUCACUAGCUCUGUGUUACAAGGUAGCUAGAAAAACAAAAGAAAAGGAUCUGCUAGGUUAUGUUCUAUGAGCAGUGUCUCCGGCUUGAGUUGAAGGAGAACACUGAACUCAGUUGUGCAGCCUAAAGUUUUCUUCCAGAUUUUUUUUACAGAGUUGUGGCCACAGUGUUAUUAUCAAAACCAUUUAUGGCUGGAGUCUCGAACUUCUAAAAAUAGCUAGGAAAGGACUGGCCCGAGAGCCACACCCUUCUGUCCACGAGUCCUUCCAGCACUCACUGUAGCAGAGCCCAUUGGUUCUCCCCAUGAGUGUUACUGAGACUCUGACUUCUAAUGAACUGUUGAAGGACACAUUCCUGGUCCCCACUUAGCUUGUAAGUUACAUACAGGGAAUGAGUAGGUUUUAUUUCUUUGGAGCCAAGGUCUAGCAAUUGGCUCAGCUCUUGUUCUCCCGAAGCCAUCUCAAACAUUUUAAAAUCUUAAUUUAAGGAGGGGCUCAAAACUUUUUUGAGUGCUUUUAAUUUUGCUGUUACUUAUGAUAGAUUUGCUGAGAGGGGCCAGGAGGUCCCUUUUGACAAAGUGAGAUGCCAUACACAGUGUUUUAAUAACUGAAGGUCUCAAUACAGCUGUUACAGAUCCUUUAUAGACGAUUAUUUCUUUUUCUAUGAUCUUAUUGUGAGUAGAAUGAGUUUGACUGUAUAUUAAUAUAUUCUCCUAAUUAUAUCUGGAAAAACAAAAUUUUGUCUUACCUGUAAACUAUUGUAUUAUGUUAUACACGAUAUUUCCUCUUAAAGGGUUAUCUUUUUUCUUUUAUUUAUUCAUAUUUUUCUCUAUUUAAUCUAUAAUGACAUUGACUGUUACUUUAGUUGUUACUUAUGUCCAAAGCCCUAAUUAAAGUCCUCUUUUUGUGAUUGAUGAGGACCCUGCUGUGUGUCUUGUUUGCUGAAAAGCAUUAGUUUCUGAUUAGUUUCUGUUUUGUAGUUAUGUGACAUGUUUUUUUGUUUGUUUGUUUGGUUUUGGU